AUGAGCUUCCUUAUGAAAACUUAUCGGGAAGAGAUAAUGUAUAAGGCGUUAAUUAAGCGUGAUAUUCGACUUCAAAUGGAUAUUGUUGUUGAAGUGGUUCUUUUUUGCUGCUGCAUAAAAAUACGAGUGCCAAGGACUAAGCAGGAAAUCGAAGCUGAUUACAAAAGAAAGAAAAUUGCAACCAAAUUUAGGAAAAGACUAAAGAUAAUUAGUAAUCAGGAUAUGGAACAAGUGGAUUUGCGAAAAGCCCUAGAAAUAAUAAUAGAGGCAGAUUACAAGCAAGAAACGCCGAUUUAUGAUGUACCAGCAAACGACAAUGAUCCGUUGGUUCCCGUUGCUCCUAAGGAGACGUUUGGACAAAAAGUUGCUAACGUUAUGCUCAUCGGUAAAUGGCGUACCUCUAGUAAAAAUAAGGACAUACUGCAUACUUACAUUGUCUGGUCAAAUCAUAGUGAAAUAGAGAUUGUUGCGAAUGGGUUUUAUCAAAGAGGUAAUAUACCAGGAGUGGUAGGUGCAAUAAAUGUAGCUAACAUAAACUUCAAGGUAUAUGCACUGCUGACAAAAUGUUUACCAAUGUACCAGUGGACUGGCCAGGUUCAGUUCAUGAUAGUCGGAUAUCUGCAGAGAUUCAAUCAGGAACAGUGGAAAAAAAAAGGUUGUUGCUCGGUUUUGAUAGCUAAGAAAGGUUCAUUUCCCGGAAAUAAAUCUUUCAUGGCAAAGUCCAAGACCGAGAUUACAAGGUUCUUUUAUUUACAGUUGACAAGUAAGUGCAUGAACCACGAUAUUGAAUCAAUAAAGUCUAAAGAUCCCAUCGAUGAUUCAUCCGACGAUCCUGAAUUGGACCCAAGUUUGAAGAAAGUAAACCAAAAACUUGAAUUUGCAAAAAGAAAUACAUUAGAUGAAGAUGAGGAUACGCAAGAUGAAGAAAAUAAGAGCGAAUAUGAAGGAAUCGAAGAAGAUGUUAGUAGGGUCAUGAGCGAUCUGAUACAUGAAGAAGAUGCUGAUAACAUAGAUGAUGAAGUGACAGAAGCGAUAUAG